AUGCCAAUCACCAACUCAUCACCGGAACGACAUGUCGCCAUCCUCGUCUUCCCAUUUUCCUCCCAUCCCGCCCUAAUCCUCGGCCUCGUCCGCCGUCUAGCCACGGCCGCUCCCGACGUGACCUUCUCUUUUUAUAGCACUGCAAAAUCUAUUCAGUGUUUGCUCUCAUCAUGGUUAAUCCCUGAGAACAUAAAAGCUUGCCAUUUUUCGGAUGGAGUACCAGAUGGGUAUGCGUUUGCGGGGAAGCAUCAAGAGGACAUUAACUUGUUUUUGAAUGUGGCGGAGGAGAACUUUAAAAGAGCUAUGGUGGUGGCGGAGGAGGAGACCGGGCGGAGAAUUAGCUGCUUGGUGGCGGAUGCUUUUCUGUGGUUUUCGGGCGACAUGGCGGAGGAGAUGCGAGUUCCGUGGGUUCUACUUUGGACGUUGGCUGCAUGCUCCCUGUCAACCCAUUGCUACACUGAUCUCAUUAGGGAGACUGUUGGAAUCCAUGGUAUGAAAAUUAAAAGAGAUCAGUUUGAUCUACAAGGCAAUCCGAGUGAUGUAACAAGGACUUUAAACACACUGUUUGGUCGGCGAUUGAGUACCUUCACCUAUAGGUUGCACAAACAAUACAAGCAACUUAAGGAUGCAAGAGGAGAGGAGUAUGCGAGAAGCCACCCACCUGCAAGUGUUACUUUUAAUCAGUGGACAUCUCUAAUUGACAAGAAAUGGAAUAGCAAAGAGUUCAUGGACAACAUGAUGCAGACACAAGCAGAACAUCUCUCGCAGACUGGUGUGAUCCCCUUGAGCUCAGAGGAGUUGUCAGUCAAGGUGCUUAAGCCAAGGUCAGGUUAUAUGAAAGGACUCGGAAUGAGGCCUCCUUCUUCUAUGAAGACUACUGUUGCACCUGCUGAAAGUAGUGACUAUAUUCAAUGCCUUCAAAUGCAAAUAGCACAGCAAAAUGAACAAAUUGCAAGGUUUCAACAGUCAGAGAAGAAACAAAGCAAGAAGAUAGAAAGUAUCAUAGACUGUUUGAGGCAGAAAGGUAUCACGGGAAAUUUUGAGAGUGGGGAAAGUUCAGAUUCUGAUGGACAAGCUUCUUGA